AUGAAUUAUAUUUACUUUGCAAUAAAUUUAUUAUUAUUUAUUUUUACACUACAAAGUAAUUCGCUCACUAAUGCUCAGAAGGAACCUUUGGCGAUUUUAUGGGAGGUAGAUGAUAAUAAAGUACCCGAGUUAUUGAAUAUUGAAAAGCAAUUGAUCAUGGUGGAUGGAAUCUUACAACCAUUACUAGAUAGUUCAAGUUUUGGAGGUUCUUACAUAGAUGUAAUGAAGAACAAAUUAUUUAUUAAUACACUAGAUUUUUCUAAAGCUAAGUAUAUAAGUUCCUUGCGUGGGGUAAAGCAAUAUAACAAUUUAAUAGAAUUCAAAAAUGCAUCCAAUUCUUUAGUUGAAUUAAGAUCCAAGUUUCAAAAAAUACGUGAUCUAGCUCAACAGAAUCUCCCCAAAAAAGUUGAAAUAUUUAUUGAUAUGAAAGAAAAUAAUGUAGUUGUACAUAUAAAACGCCAACUUGGUGAUAGAAAAUUUAUUGAUGCCAUCAUGCCAUUUAAACCAUUAAUCUUAUUUGUGACAAGUCAAAAGCAGUCUUCAUCAUCAUUUAAUUCAACUCAUCCAUCUAUUUCAAAACGUGAUAUAAAUAAUGUGAUUUUAGGUGGUGAUGGUUUAUAUAAUGAAGCUAAUGGUGGUAUUUGUUCAACAGGUUUAUGGGCGAGAGAUAAGGUGGAUCCAAACGUGACAUUCAUAAUAAGCGCGGGACAUUGUUUCGAUCAAUCUAAAAGUAAUAGUGAAAAUCUUUUUCAUUAUGUUCCAUGGAAUCAAAAUCAACCAUUAGGUUUAGUUGGGAGUGCGAUAUUUUAUUCUCUUGGACCACACGAUUUUCUCAUAAUUCAUGUAACAGGUAAUAUCAAACCAUUAUCGUCUAUAAGAAAUACUGAUUCUAUACUACAUAAACAGUUAAUUAUCAGUGAGGUUGUACCUAUAUAUAGUCACGGUGCUCAUAUAUGUAAAUCUGGUUACUCGACAUACGUUACUUGUGGAUAUGUAAAAGGUCUCGGUGCGACUUAUAUUAUUGAUUAUACAGUUAUGACCGAUAUGAUAUUUGCAGAUAUGAUUAAUGUCCCAGGUGAUAGCGGAGGGUGUGUAUUUACUUAUUCGCAGGAUUUAAAUUCCGUAAAUUUAGUUGGUAUAAUAAGUUCGGGUAACCGUGGAGUAAAACGUAAUUUAAUCAGUACAAUUCAACCAUUAAAAGUAAUUCUCGAUACAUUAGAUCUAGUACUUGUUGUAUUAGGUCAAGUAGUUAGUGUUUAA